AUGAUAAACAUUGUUAUAACUACAUAAUAUCUCUUUUUGCAUUAGGAUGGCGUUAGAAAAUAAGGAAUCUACAUGUUUUUUUCAUUUGGUACUUCGAGGUUCGAGGUUGAUAGUAGGUAGGUAAUUUGUAUUUCAGAAUGAAAGGGGUUGUCAUUCAAGUCAAUAAUCAAAACUGAUACCUGUCAUAUAUCUCUGAAAAGGUCAUUCGUCAAGUUAUGGUUGGAACUUAGAAACAAUAUUGAACGUAACAAAACGAACGAACUAAUUAAAAACUUUUCAUAAUAAUACAGAUCGCCAAAAAUUGUUAUAGGCCGUUCCUAAGAAGUAGUAGAAUAUAUCAGUGAGUACUAAAAAGUGUUGUAGUAUGUGUAAUAGUGAAUUACCUCGAUAAUAUUCAGUGAAAUAUGUGAUGUUCAUUGAUCACUCCCCUGCAUUCUUUACACCUGUCGCCGGGUUAGAAUGAGGACGAUGACUAUGACUAUUUUGUAAUCAAACAAAGCAAGCCGAAAAGGAGGGCCGGGGAAGACCUGUCGAAACAAAAUGUGACCACCGACACACUCACCAAAACCAAAACAGAAAUUAGUUCUUCAAAUUCAUGAAUCUAUCAAGAUUACAUGAUUAAGACAUCUUAUUUAUUAAUUAACGAUUCUAGUCGCAAUAGUUUAACGAAGAUUUAGUAAUACAUUGGAAUUGAACCAAGGGAAUAAGUACAAAGCGAGUACAAAGGGAUGCUAAUUUUUGGUUUAUAUAUAAAUUGAUUUAUUGGUUCCCGGAAAUCGAGACAAAAUGUCUGCUAGUUUCGAGAAUUCGGCUAUGAAGAGUAGCUUCUCCCUGUCUUCGCUGAAGAGUGCCGCUUACCCUAACGGACUUUGCGAACAGCUUGAGAGGCCAUAUCAUAGUCUUACCAAAAAGAGGAAAGAGCCAUGUCGCGAAGCAUGGCGCAGAAGUUGGGGCUCAGCAGCGAGUGGGGGCAGCGUGGCCGACGAUCUCUGGCCUCUGCUUCAGCAUCAUUAUGACUAUAUUAUGGAUAACCAAAUCAUAGAUAGCUGCAAGGAAGCGAACGGCGAGCUAUUAUCAAAUAAUCCGUCAGUACUGCAAAAUAGACCACGGCUUCUUAAUCAUACGUCCAGCUUCAACCGCCAAUGGUCGCUCAGUCAGCUGAUAUCGGAGUUCACGGAGCUCUGUCAAUGGCUGACACAUGUCCAAGAAGAAAUAUAUUCUAGUCCAGAAAAUUUGUCCAGCAGGAAACUGAGGACGAAUCGUAUGUCUGAGCUGGUGUCAGCUGAGCCACGUCGCGCGAAGUUCAUCGAACAAUCCUCUGCCAUCCUCGACAGAAUACCCGAGGCAGGCGCUGAGGUGGGAUGGCGCAUGGAACAUCUAAACGUGAAGUGGGAGAGUCUCCGCCUGCUAUUGAGUCCAGAACAGCAGCAGCGUGAUGGAGACAACUCCGAUACCGUUGACACUGCCCACGAACUCCGCUGCCUUCGCCGUUGGUUACACGGAAUGGAAGGCCGCUUACCACCGCCCUCGCUUGCCGCUGCUCGUGCCGCACCCUACCAUGAGCUGAUGCGAAAACUACGCGAACACCAGGUAUUACAACGUGACGUGGAAUGCCACGGUCGUAUCGUGAGCUCUGUGGUGCGGCUGUGCGGUGGAGCUGACGUCGCUCGCGCAUUGGAGAGACGCUGGCAUCUGCUGUACUUGAGGGCCAUCGAGUGGCAGUGCCACUUGGAGGCCUGCCUCGCUAAGACUGAUAAUCAGAAGUACGAACCAGUAGAAGCUUUGAGUGACAGCGACGACGAACCAGCUUUGAAGCAGCCGCGCCUAAGCAGACGUGGCUCGCCGAAAAGACAGCGAACUCCAGUUAAUUCACGAAAGAGAGAUUACUCCGAAGAUAGCAGGCAGUCAGCCUCCGAGGAGGAGCAAGAAUAUGCUGUAGGUGACAAGUGGCGUAACUUCGGAUCGGAUUGCGAAUUGGAAUCAAUGCGAGACAAAAUGGCAGACGAGCGCAGAGUGCCAAGUGUCGAUGGAGUAGACAACAAAAUUACUGACCAAACUGUACCUGUCACUGAUGAAAUUGACGGGAACACUGCAUUGCCUAGAGAAAUCAAAACCCCGCCAACUGUAAUCAAAAGAAAGAAACCAAUAGACACCUCGAGAUUUAAUCAAUCCGAUCGAAAAUCCAAAAAUUGUGCCACAUUCUACUUCAGACACCACGAUACGGAUUCCGAUAGACAAGUGAUUGAAACGGAUGAGAAAUCGCAGGAUGAGUCCUCGGAAGAAGAAUGGACGUAUACCAACGGUGCAAAGAUAGCAAAUGAAGACUCAACAGAUAUUAUGACAUCAUCGGUUGAAAUACAAUGUGAACUGCCCGUGGAAGAGAAGAAACCAAAAGCGAAACUGGUAUCUAGUACACCGGAUCUAUUAAGAGUUGACCAGAAUUCUAGGUGUAAUAAAGAUAUAGAAAGACUUGUGAUUCAGGCUGAUGAAUUGGUGCAGAAGCAGGCUCAAAUGGCAAAGAAGAUGGGUUCCAGGAGUUUUAAGCCUUUGUUGUUGGAGGAAGAAGGAAAAUCGGUCAGUAGGGCGAAAAUGUCGAGGAUCAAGGAGUGGUUGAAUCAGAGUCCCGAUGGAAAGGAUGAAAGCCAUCAAAAUGGUGAAAAUUACGACGCAUCCGGCGAAUAUACGACUGAGAGUGAAGUCGAUACAUCCCUUACUUCGGAGGAACGGAAUUUGCAUUCGUCCAUGGACAUGAGCACUUCCACCUGUACUGUGACACCUACACAUCAUGCUAAGGUGCAACUCCGCAAGAAGCGGGGUGGCAACAGCGCCCGGCCGUGGUCCGUGUCUUGCCUCUCGCAGCUAAGCGGCGUUGCCGCGUCGCUAGUCACGCCUACUAAUGACGUCAUUCAUAACAUGUCCAUAUCCGAGUCUGCUCUCAACACACUGGCUUCACCACAAAGAGUCACCCCCGGUAACUCAAGCUCGAAGUUACGCGGAAGUUCGACAACUGUACAGGGUCACAUUUCAAGUACAAACACAAUGACUGAAGCGUGCACGUCGUGCGUCGAGGCCAACGACAAGCAAUGUUGGCUUCGAAGAAAGCGACUAAAACUUAGAAGACACAACAACACUCUAAGGAGGGAGCGAUUGGUUAAGUCACUCUCUUUCUGUGGUCGAUUAAGUCCAGAGUUGGAGAAGAAUGAAAGGAGUGCUGCAAGUGACCCAGCUACUAGUAGGAAGAGUAGGUUUGACACAACAUCCACCUCCGGCAAUGACAGUGACGAAGAACUGCUCAAACAACAAGUGGCUGUCAUCGCCAAUUUAAGAAAGAGCAUCGAAAAAACCCAUAUUUCCUCAAAGGACGAUAGUGCCAUUCCAGAACAAAAUGAAUUAGAACAAGUUACGCCCAGCUUUAAACUUGGGCCAGAGGGAGGUGUAGUUAGACCAAGAUUAACGAAAAGUAUGGAAAGAGAAAGAUCCUUUUUGGCACUAAGCUUAGGUGAUCCGAGCCAAAUGUGGGACCUCUGCGUCGACAAGGACUCAGAUAAGAGUGUCACAGCUGGCACGGAAGAGCAUAGUUCGUUUUCGGAGCAGGCGUGGGAUUUCUAUCAGGAAAAAUACAACUCCGAGCCAUAUUCAGAAGCGCCCGACUCUGAUGCUGCUCGGCGUCUACUGGAAUUCGGUGAUGACUACAGAGCAUUCUUAGAUUCACAAUCAGACUGUUGCUCGAGCCUCUCGGCACAACCAGAAAACGACCAGAGCCCAAGUGGAACACGAAGACGGCGACCACCAUCAGACAUAUCCAGAGAAAGAAGCCUUCCAAGACAUAAAAGACCGUCCAGAACAUCUCCGGUAGAAACCCCUGUCCGAAAACCCAAAAAGUCUAUGUCCAGCGCCGAACGCAAGAAAAACCUGUUGGACAGCCUCGAAAGAUCUAGAAAUAACACUAGCAUUGAAAGUAAUGACGGUGUUCGCAGACGCAAACCCUCCGAAAGUGAGCGCAGAAACAACAAACGCUCACCCGAAUUCGAUUUACUAAACGUCCAAGCAUUAAGUCGUAGACGUCACAGCUCAAACCUAACCAGUGACGAAGUAAACAGUUCCUUAGAGUACACCGAAGUCAACAAUCGUCCAGAUAUUUUAGACUCGUUAAACAGAAGACGCAAGGAAAACGGUGAAGCCGAAUUACAAAAGGUUGCACUAUCUGAGUUGCGUCGUAGAUCUAAUGAUAGUGGCGAUUCUGAAGAAUCAUCUUCGCCGAAACACAGCAGGAGAAACUGGGGUGAUUCAGACUCAGAAUCGGAAGAAGUCAGGUCGCUAGUUCGUCGCUCGAGCACGCAAUUAGAGGUCACAGAGGCGUUACUGGCGCGGCAGGACUCUCCGGACCUCCUUCGCGCUUUCGACUAUACGGAGGUCGUAACGCGUUGCCGUGAGAACAUCACGCUCUUGGAGGUGGCUUUAGCAGACAGUUCGUUAUCGCCCGGUUUGCAGCGGGAUGCCAGAGCGGUAUCUGCGCGAUGGACAGCGCUCCGAGCGGCUGCAAUACGGCGCGGUGGCGCACGCCGAUUGCGCCGCGAGAUUGCAGCACUGCGCGAGACACUUGAUGAGGUCUGUGAGCCUGGAGAUUGCGCUCCCCAGCCGCACACCAGAGCUCAGUUACACAGACGGAUUGAAGAACUUAAGGAACGUCUAUCACGUCUGCUUGAAUGCAAGGUCUCAAUGCUGAAACUGACGGUUUCCGUUCGACGUGCACUUGGCGAAUUGGAAACUGAUGAAUGCGGCCUUACUACCGACUUGACAGCUUUACUAGCCGCUUGGGACGACGCACACCAACGCACAUCGAGUGAAUUACUCUCGCUAGAAAAAGCGGUGAGCGCUUGGGCUGAUUGGGAGAAUGCACUUCGUGAAUUGCAAGGAGCAUUGCGUGGUGAUUUAACCACGCUGCAGAAUUUACGCGAUAAAGGAUCUAAAAUUGAAGAUCAAAGCGAAGUGGCGGCUCAAAUCAAACAGCUGGCUGCUUCGUUGAUUGACAAGAAGAAGGGUGGUUCCACAUGCGACUCGCUCUCCGAUUCCGGAAUAUCAGAUGGUGAUAGUGAAAAUGCAGGCGGUCGUGCUCGCCGAUUAAGCGCUCUACGUGAGUUGGCCAAGCGCUUGCAAGCCGCUCUAGCACCGAACUCGCCUGCUCAUAGAGCUAUAACUAAGCGUAUGGAACAGACAGAGAACGAAGUGAAAAUUUUGCAAGAAUCCUGUCGCGCUUUAGUCGAACAAAGCAUUCCCGAUCUUAAAAUCGAAGAUGACACUGAUCAAGCCGUCAUUGUAACCAGCAAAACUGGCUCUGGCGAUCCAGACUAUAAUCCUCGCGGCGGUUGGGUGUGGCGUGUACUACGUUCAUCUAUUCCCAUUCAACUAUGCCUUGUGGCUUUACUUCUAGCCGCGUGGCUCGUAGAACGGCCAAGAUGUUGCGACGCACUGAAUUCAUUAGCGCAAACAUUGACCCCACAACUGCGUUAUGUUCGUGGACCUCCACCAGUGUGAGCAUAGCAUAAGACCGUCCAUAGACAAAAGAUAGGGCGAAUCACACAACGGACGUAUUAAGCUCGCGACGAAAUAUCACGCUAAAAUCUUGUUUAUGUGGUCUAUGGAUUGAGACGAUACCAGGAAAUGACUUUGACAGUUGUCAAUUUGAAACUUACUCGAAUACCUUUAUGUCAUUUAUUGUAAUGAAGUUAUGCUGCCUUCCACGCAUUAAAUCGCGUAAGAAACACGUAAGGUUUAAUUAAGCGUGGUUUCCAAGGCAGCGUUAAAAUAUGCUAAUUGAUAGGAGUAGAUAGAAAGUGAAAAAAUAUUCUUUAAAUUACGAAAAAAAUAUCCCAGACAUGUACUAAGAUAAUAAAAUUCGUAAAAACCAUUAAAUUGGUUUAAGGUUGUGACAUGAAACAUCAAGUUGUGUUACUUUUAUAUUUUUGUGGCUGGAUGAGUGGUUCUGUCUGCCCACAGACAAAAUAUAUAAUGUCUGUGGUCGAAUGUUUGUGUGAAUGAUUAAACUAAUGAGGUUCGCGGACUUUCACGCAUUAUUUUUAAAACUACAUUAAACAACUGUUUAAGGGAAAAACAUAAGAAAGUCUGUGAGUUGGGAUCUAACAUUGUAUUUAUUUAUGUUGAUAUAAGCGACCGGUUUUUUUAAUGGCUGCAAUGUCAAGAACUAAAUUCGAAAAAAUAUCAUCUGUAUCAGAUGUCGUUCAAACUAGGUAGUUUACUAACGUGACUGUUAGGUCCGCUUUCAAUAAGCAUCUAAAGCCAAAAUCAAGUCUUAACUGUUAUAAAUGCAGAAUAAAACGUUAAACUACAUAUUGGCUAAAGAUACUUAUUGAAUGUAACAAUACUUUAGUUAAGCCUACUUUAGUACAAUUAUUUAAGAAAGUGUGGAGUGCGCCAUGGGUGACUCUUUCGAUGUACCUUAAUAGAUUUUUCGAAUUGCUUAUUUUAUCUAUGACCCAAGCCGAUUUAAAUAAUCUAGAUAUAAUUUGGUUGUUCACUCUACCAGAGUUUCGUCCUUGUCUUGGUGGAAGCAGUUUUCUACCCUCAUUUUAUUUACUUAACUGCAAACACUAUUAACAAAACGUUUGCCUCGGACCAAAAAUCAAGAAUUUGGCCAUUAUCUCUCUCGACGAUAAGAUAUCUCGGCGAGGUUGUACAACCGCCAUUAUGGUAAUAACAUUUUCGAUCGGCUUCCUUUACAUAUAUGUUUAAAACUACAUUACAGGAGUGUUUAUGCGAAAAGAGGCCUUAUUAAAAUAAAAAUAUUGAAGACUGAGUAAGAAAUAUCAUUUAAUUAAUCAAUAUUAAAUUUACAAUAGUAUUUACGUGACAAAUGGUUUCAAUUAAGGUGUUUCAAGCCGUUAUAAAGUCUUCAUGAAGCAAAACAUUGUGCUCCGAAAAUUGAUUUUGUUUUGGUCACUCAAUUCAAUAAUAUAUAUUGAUUUUGCUAAUUCUCUGAUUGAAAUAGUAUUAACUCCCAUAUAUUGUUAUAAUGUUGUUAAUUAAUUUAAUAUAUUGAAAUUGAAUUAGUGUUUAUUUAUAAUUCCAUAUAUAUUUGGUAUAUAUUCUUAUAUAAAAAUACCAUUUGAAUAUUGUUAUACUGUCAAUGAUUAUAAAAUGAAAUAAAAUUUUAUUGUAGACUAUAUAUUUUGCCAUACCAUUAUAAUGUAUGUAUUAAACAGUUUAUACAACAUUCAAGAAUAGCCAACGGAAGACUAGAAUUUCUUAAGGAGACUAGAAGUCUUAGAAGCAUGUUAAAUGUUUUGUGGUGUGUUGUGUGCUUUGACAUACUUAAGUAUUGAAAGUAAUGACAAUAUUUUUAUAUAAUAUGUUGAAUUUACAAGUAAAUUGGAUGUGGCUUUAAAUAAUACUGACAUUUCGAUGAACAAAGUUUUAACGCCACAUACGAUUUUUAAACUACAAAAUCAUUGUUAUGAUUGUCUUUGUGUGUAUGGCGCAUUCUUAUAAACGGAAUACGAUUAUUAUUUAAGUUAUAUCUCUGUGGCGAUGGAUAACUAAGGAAAAAUAGAAAAAAAAAAGUUUAAAAAUAAAUAACCGCCAGUAUAUAGUUUUUGUAUACUAAGACAAAUAAUCGCUGCAGAGAAAGUAAUUUUUUUAAAUAAUUCACUUAGGGUGGUUACUGCCUAAAUAGUGUGUCAUAUUUCUUUAGGCUUUUUUAUCUUAAUUUUGAUUAAGCGUGUAGAGAGUAUGAUCAUGCUAUUAAUGUGCAUUUAAUUUUGUAGAAAUGGAAUGGAGUAAUGUAAACUAUGUUGGCUUUUUGGAAUGGUGAUUAAAAUUUGGUUUUCAUUUUUAAA